CCUCCAUCAAGUAGCAGCAGUGGAUCGACCGGGGCCGCAGGACCGGCAGCGUCUGCAAAUGGGGGUGAGCAUGACGAAGCAGAGGGAUCUGCUGCAGUUCAUCUCCAAGGAGCGCAACAGCCUUCUCGCCCGCUAGGAGGGGCAAUGGCAAGUGGCGCAUCAAUACACGCGACAGGAGGGGAACUGGUAGUUGCAGCCCCGGAUACUACGUUUGCGCCGGCGCAACCCGGCGUAUUACUACAAACGCGGCAGGGUGACGCUGGAGCGGAAGCACGGACACUACCGCCGCAGGGUGAUGAGAAUAGCGAACAGCAAAUAGCCCAAGAUAGCGCCGGUUCGUCUUCAUCCGUGGGACAGGUAGUUGAACCGCCUGGCAUUGUUGGCGCCACCGGCACAGCUGACGGCGGUCCACCGCCCGCAUCAGCUGCUGACACAUCAGAAACCGGCCCACCUGGAGCGCCGAAGCGCAGCCGCACUUCUUCGCCGGGCAGCAGCAGCGGCAGACAACAGCUAGAACCAAGUCCAGGAAGUGGUCCGAGGCAGAAGCGCACCUUGGAGUGGGGCGAGGCAGAAGACCACCUUGAGUGGGUAGGACCAGCACUAAAUAUCGUCAGUCCACUGACUGAUGGAAGCAGAAGUACUGGGCCAGUGCCCGCGGUCCAACAAGCCCCGCAACUGCCCCCGGCAGAAGGUUCUACAACUUUACCCGACGCGCCACGUUUGGUACAUUCACCUCCCACGAGCGGGAGAAGCGGAAACCCGGCUGGGGAGGCAAAUCGUGGGCAGGCCCAGCCGCCAACAAGGGAAGUGUCCGCGGCCCCGGUUCCAGCCGCCGCUGAGCAAGCUGCUGGAGGGGAAUCGGAAGUGAGAAACGCCGUCACGGUUAGCUCUUCUGCAGCAUUGGGUGGUCGUGCCUUCCCCGAUGAUGGUCUCUGUGAC